AUGAAGAUCAAAUCCAAGUCUUCGUAUCACAAAUCUGAGAACACGUACAGGGUGAGAGUCAAAACUAACUCAGUCUUAGGUCUGAAUUAGUGGUAGAAAUGCAACUACGCUUGAUUGUGAACAAGUUUUUAAUGUUAAAGUUUCGAAAACGGGACAGUUUACCAUAAAACUCCUAAAUGAGGCAUUGCAAUCACAGAUUUCCGUUUUCUUUUUACUCUGGUAGAUGAUAAACCUCUCUGAUCUGUCUCUUUCAGUUUCUCACUUUUGCAGAAAGACUCGCAAAUGUGAACAUUAAUGUCAUCCACCGUAUAGACAGGACAGGAUCUUACGCAGAGGUACGUACAGCCUGGUAUCUUGAACGGCAAUAACCCUUGAUCUUGUGCUGAUCUUGCAAUUGGUAAUAAAUUGAUUUGUAUCCUUACAGGCGGUAGAAACCUACUUUUCGGAGGGUCUGACAAAAUGGAGAGACCUCAACUUGACAGAACAUUUCAGUAUGUAUUAAACUAUCAAUUUUACAGCUUUGUUAACGUUGUUGUUGAUGAUUAUAAUGUCAAAUUAUUCCUUUUUCUCCGCAGCGUCAUUUCUGAAGGAGGUGUCCAACAAAAGCCAGUCUUUCAACUUGCUGGUUUUCCAUCAGGCGGCAAUAGUGGAAAGCCUGAAAACACACCUCAGCGUCAAGAACAGUCUAGCCUACCAGCCUCUCCUGGAGUAAGUCACCAUCUCAGUCUAUCAUUCUUGUUUUUCUUGACUUCAGCUGUAGACUCCAAUCAUGUCUUUCUCCCUCCAGCCUCGUGGUGCAGCUGGCCAGAGACCUGCAGACUGACUUCUACCCUCACUUUCCCGACUUCUUCACUCUGAUCACUUCACUGCUCGACACUAAAGACACAGAGAUCUUAGAGUGGGCGUUCACCUGUCUCUCUUACCUCUACAAGUACCUAUGGAGGCUCAUGGUGAAGGACAUGACCAACAUCUACAGGUGAGAAACCAAGAAGCAGGGUCUGCGGGCUUUUUUGUUGUUAUAUUUUGGAUAUUUUGUUGUUGUCUGAGCACUCACCUGUUAAACUUGAUGAAUUGUACCACUUUUUACCCCACAGUUUAUACAGCACACUCUUGGCACACAAGAAGGAGCACAUCCGCAAGUUUGCAGCAGAGAGCUUCUCUUUUUUGAUGAGAAAGGUGAGGAUUAACAUUUGAGUGGAGUAUUUCUAAAUGCAUUCAGCUGUUUUUUUACAGAUGAAAAUUUGUCUCCUGGUGUCACGCAGGUUCCAGAUCUCGAUGCUCUGCUGAGUCUUAUGUUCUCAGAUCUGCAGGAGCACCCAGACAAAGCAGAGGGAGCAGGUCUACUACUGUUUGAAAUGUGCAAAGGAGUCCGAAACAUGUUCCACUCCUGUGCUUCAAAUGUGAGUAUCCUUCUGCUCUGUGAUCGUUUGAAUGAAAAGGACGAGGUUUCUUGUGUGUAUCUUUUAAUGUGAUACACUAACCAGUAAUACAAGAUACUCGUGUGUUAUUCAGACUUAAAGGGAUAUUCCGGAGUAAAAUUAAGUUUGGGUAAAACACACAGUAACACCGAGUUAGACACCCCCUCAAGAGAUGAUGAUCAUAAAUGUUCUUCCUUGAGCUGCGGCACCCCGCCGUAGUCCGUAAUAGACUGGCCCGAGGUCUUGCUACAAACAAGCGGCUGCUGGAAGAGAGUAGGUGGGUUGUGUUUAGUAUCUUAGCUAAGGAAAUUAGGCAAAGUUAAAAAGAUGUUUGUUGAGUGGUACUGUGGCUAGGACCCUAUAUGUCCUGUUGAUGAAGUUAGGUGCUGUUCUGGGCAUUAUUAGAGUAAAAGAGUGGCGUUUUGGUUGAGGUUUGUUUAUAUCUCCUCAGACCACUGUGUAUUGCUAUCUGCGGUCAUUACUAAAGUUGGCAUAACUAGAGAAGCAAGCGGUCAGCAACAUUCAUCUCUCGAGAGGGUGUCUAACUCGGUGUUAUGGUGUGUUUGACCCUAAAUUAAUUUUACGCCGGGAUAUCCCUUUAAAAUCUCACCUGCUCUGUUUUCCUCUAGGCUUUUCUUGUGGCUUUUCGUAUGCUCGGUCCCUCGACAUGCCCUGGGGUCUCUCUGCCAUGGGACACUAUCAGGGACGCUCUGGAUCACUUGGCCCAGGCUGCAGCCAAUCACAUCGACAGAGAACACUUCCUGGUUUUGUGGGACUCUUUGCAGGUACCACAGCAAGAAAUAAGUAAACUCAGAGUCAGAUAGUAGGUCCUCUUUUUUUCUUUAUAUAUGACGGUGGUGUGUCUCCAUAUACAGACCAGUGUGAUGGAGGUCCUGGGUAUCAUGGAGGCAAAAGGAAAAGAAGCAGACCAGGCAGCAGAGCAGCUGGAGAGGCUGCUGUUCAUCCUCCACACCCUGGUGUCUCAUAAAGACGGAGCAAAGAUCACUAAACCCGAGGCUGUCUGCCAGGUAAGAAGAAGAGAUGCACGUUUAACAUCAAAUCCUCAAAAUGACGUGUGUCCUCAUCUCUAAUCAUCUCAUCUGCAUGUUUCUGCAGACAGUUCUGCGGCUGAUUCAGAGCUCAUCUCUGUCAGCUGGUUGUUCCCGUCUGCUCCUCCAGACCACCUCCUCUCUGCUCCUCGGGGAGAACAUCAACCUCCCUAAAACUCUCGUACAGGAGAUGGUCCAGAAGGUGAAACCAAAUGAUAAAACUUGAUCUGUAUGUGUGUGUGUGAGUUUCUCUGCAUGGAGAAGUUUGACAGUGAUUCAUUUGUCUUCCUCACAAGGUGUUUGGCAGCACAACGGGACAAGACCUGAUACUUGAAUUCACCAAAGAGAUGUUCACCAUGAAGCAGUUUGAAGAGGUGAGUCGUCUCCAGAUUAUCUAUCAAUGAUCAAUCUCUGUUUAUUCAUCCCUAAGAUGCACAAACAUGAAUUUUCUCCACCUCUUUGUCUCGCAGCUCUUCCUCCCCAGCCUGCUGCGCUUCACGACCGGGUUAUUCAGAUGUGGCGACCCUGUAUCUCACCACUCUGGCCUGGACGUGCUGGUGAGCCUGAUCCUCGCCAAAGCUCCGCCUCCAACAGACGGCUCCAUGGCCUUUGAGACCUACCCGCUGUUGUUUACCGGACAGACGACAGGGUGAGAGAUCAGACUAUUAUCACACCAAAACAAUCAAAUAAUAACUCAUUUACCAAACAGUUAUUCGUAAACACACGUUUGAUUCCUUACACCCCCAAUCAGACUCUUGUCGUCUUGUUUUUCUCCUCCUGCAGAGUGUUUCAGACCAGCAGUACGCCAUCAGAGCAGCUCGCAGUCCCAGAACUGGUGCUGUCACUGGUCAAACUUCCUGGGGAGCAGAACCAGUCCAUCACCGACCUGUCACUGCCUUGGGCUGCCCUGGUGCUUCUUCCUCACCUCAGGUAACAGGUCCCCUCACUUUCUCCUCACAAAUGCACGCAUCAUUUUUAUAAACCAGCUGAUGAACUUCAUUUAAAUUCAGGUUUUUUCAUUUUUCAGGCCUCUUGCUUCAGCCAGUAUCAUUCCCGCUGUGGAUGCAUUAUUAAACCACCUGCUGAGUGAGAUCGAGUCUGAGAAACUGGAAAAAGGUUUGAGAGGUUAUUCUACCGCAUUGCACAAAGUAGCAAACUGUUAAUCUUAAAUAGACGGGUUUAAUCGGAGCUAAACCGGGAACUUUGUAGAUGGAUGAGUGUUCUUAUCAAGUUCUGUCGUCUUGCUUGGUUCACUUUUGUUUUUUAAUCAACUAUAUUUACGUUUUAUGAGAUAAUAAUAAAGAAAAACAAGCUGAAGAAUUAUUAGUGCAGGUAUUUGGAGUAUCAAAACAAGUCGAAAAUAACAUUGUGUGCUGUUGUGCUCACACACUGAGAGUAGAAAUCAUUAGUGGUGCAUUGAUACUAAUGAUCAUGAUCUUCUUUACUUUGUCCCCCAGCUGGUCUGUUUGUGGUCAGACAGGCCCUCAGCUGUCUCCUCACCCUGGACAGCUCUGCACAGCCUCUCUCACUGCUCACCGUGGACAAGGUCAACUCCAUACUGCGGUUUGUAUUUCAUGUCUUCCUCUUCAAUGUAACGAGGGUUUCUGUGUGUGUCUUCAACUAAAACUUUGAUUAUUGUUUCUAACUUUUUUGUUCAAUACAGGAAGUUUCCCACGGACCUUUCAGCCCUGCUGUUUGGAGACCUGUACUACACUCGCCUGUCACUCAGUGGAGUUUCAGCUCACCUCUCCCAUAGUGCACUGCUGGAACUCUACCAGAUCCUGCAUGCUAACCUGUCCUCCAAUAUCUCAAAGGUAGGAGGAUUAAGUCUACAUGUUAAGAAGACUUGAUUAUAUGAUUUUUUGCUUCAUUUUCUAACUUUUACCAUCAAUUUCACCUUUUCUCUCUCAGAUCCGCCUGCUGACUCUGAGGAUUCUCUCUCAGUUCGAGGCAGAGCUCCCUCCUCUCCCAGAGGUGAGACCACCAGAUUAAAGUGCUUUAAAAAAUGAUAAAACCAAAUUUUUAUUCAUCUGACUGUCUUCCUCUCCGUACAGGGUGAGGAGAAUGUGGAAGUGCAGCCAGUGUUUGCGAUUUGCCUGCAGGCUGAGCUGGUGCCAGCUUCAGUUCAGGACUACAGAGAGAAGCUGCUCCACCUGCGUAAGCUGAGGCAUGACCUGGUGCGGCGCAGUCUGCCGCAGGGUCCAGCUGCUGCCUUCCAGGAGGUACAGAAGAAGGACUUCCUCUGUUUUUUUUAAUCAUAAUAAGUGGAAUUUUGUAGGUAGUGCAGUGUCAGUUUAAAUCUAUGAACAUUUGAAAUAAUAGUAUGUCUCAGUGAUUUGGUAAAUGUCACAGAUGUUUGUCAUGAACGGUUCCUGACUGUUUUUUCUGCAGGUGCCGCUGCGUUACCUCAUUGCAAUGCUGUUUGUCAACUUCAGGCCUCUGUGGGACCCUGUGAUUGAACUUCUUGUGUGAGUUUAAAGAGCCUGAAAAACACUUCUGUGUCAACACAUGGUUUCACUUCAGCCAAACUGUCGUAGGAAUUAAACUCAUGAUUGCAGAAGUAUGCUAUGCAACCCUGUGUCUUCUUCCUCACUUUCUGUAUCUCUUCACAGGACUCAUGCAAGAGGAAUGGACAACAAAGACUUCUGGAGGGUUUUCUAUGAACAUCUGGAGAUGGUGGCCGGACUGGCUGGUAGAUUCAGAUUUUUAUAGCUUCACAUGUUGUGCUUUGGAGCUUUGUGUCUCUGCAAAUAUGAACCCUUCUCUCUCUCUCUGCUCCUCACAGAGAAAGAGCUGCAGGAGAGUGAAGAGGAUGAUGAUGAUGAUGAUGAAGAAGAAGAGUCCGGUCUUCAGGGAGAGCCCGGCUGUGACGUGAUAGAGAGCGGAGAUGUCGGGGUGUUGUUCCUUGAGCAGGUGAAGCUGACCUCUAACCCCAAUGAGAGGACCGACUUCACCAACUUCCGCAGCCUGCUGUGGCGCUCCAUGGCCCAGUUUCCUGACAGAGUGGAACCACGCAGUCGGGAACUGACCCCCCUGCUGCUCCGGUUCGUCAGGUAAGAGACUAAUGGACUGUUUCCUAUUGAGUGUGAUGGGUAGAUAUGUGUUACUGUGGUACUUCAUUGUCCUGCGGUUUCAGGAAUGAGUUUUACCCUGCCGACCUGCUCGUGGCUCCUACUCAAGACUUGAGGAAGAGGAAGGAAGCCGCCCUGAAGGAGUCUAAGUUGACUACGGAAGAAGAGGAAGAGGAAGAGGAAGAAGAGGGGGAAGAGGAGGAGGAGGAGCAGGGCAGUAAACAACAGAGGAAGGCUCUUCCAAGGAGGGCUGCUGCCAAGUAAGAUGAACAAGAGCAUUUGUUUUUUAUUUGUGCAGGUUUACGUUCAUGCUUGGUCAUCUUGGUUAAAGAUGCUCCGAUCCAUUUUUUCUGAUCCAAUCCAAUACCAAUACCUGGGCUGAGCGUAUUGGCCUAUAUCCGAUACCGAUCCAGUACUUUUGUUGAAUGAAUAAACUGUAUACCUUUCCCUGUGAGUGAAGGCAUCAGGCUUGACAUCAGCCUUGUUAAGAAAAAAAGGUGACAAAUUAACACAGAUAUAAAUUUACUUAAUAUUAAUUAUCAACAAACAACAAAUUGCACAUUAGCGCACAGCAAAAAGAAGUAAGACUUCGAUGUAUUAAAAGAAAAAUUAAUUAAAAGAAUAAAAAAGACUGGAUCUGAAUGCUAGAUCGGCAUCAUUCAUCCGAUAUCUGAUCCAGUUAGUUUAUCAAUAUUGGAGCCGAUAUUCAAUCCAAAUAUUGGAUUGGUGCAUCCCAAUAUCAAUGUUUGUUGGUUUUGAGCACGCUGUUUUUUUAUGGCCGCUAAAUUUUAUUGAUAUUUUUGUGCAAAAGUUUCUAAAAGCACUUUUUAAAGAGGUACACACAGAAAAAGAAGCGUACAGAAGGUUUUGUUUUUUCUUUCUCUUUGUUUGUAUUUUUAGCUUAAAAAAAAAAGUUUAAUUCAACUGGAUGGAAUUUUGUCGUUUUACAGACAGCUGACCGCCCAUCUGAAAGUCUUCUCCAAAUUCACGAACCCUCGCUCUCUCUACCUGGAGAGCAGCCUCAGCGAGCUCUAUAACCAGGUAAGAACUCGUCCAAAUAUGCUCACUUUUUACUAACUCAGUGUUUGGUUACAGUAAAAAGCACUUUUUACGCCGUCCAAUCACAGUACCUCAUUUCUCUUGUCGCAGCUGCUCUGCCACCAGGACCAGCAGAUUCAGCGAGUGGCGCUGGAAUGUGUUUUCUCAUACAAAGAGCCUGACAUCGUACCCUACAAGUAAGAAAACUGCCUCCACUUACUCAAAGACGGACAGGAAAUCUAAUCUAUAAUAAUGACAGUAAUUGUAUGAUUGUGUAAUUUUUCUCGAGGCAACAAUAUCCUGUUGUUUCUCUCCCUAAAGGGGGUCAUUGUGUGGGUCUAUGAUAGGAAUCAGAGUCCUCCUCUCCCCAUGAAAUCAUCCCCUGUAUUGUCUGUUAUCAGGCUAUCCGUUUACUUCUCUGAUAGAUGUGAAAGUUUUGUGUUACACGAACAUGUCUGACAGUCUUUGCUCAGGAUCUGGCUGACACACACAGCAGUGAACAGGCUUUCUGUAAUGUUUUUUGUCUUUAAAUGAACAUGUAAUUCAUAAUUGGGUAUUUUUGGGAUGUUAAACUACUAAAAGGUAAUGCUGUGUGUCCCUGUGUGUGACUUUUUAUGUGUCUGUGUGUGUCUUUCUCCUCAGGGAGAAUCUUGAGAAACUCCUGGAUGACAAACACUUCAAAGAGGAGAUUGUUCAUUUCAACAUUUCUGAUGAAACAGGAGUGAUUGACGCUUCGCACCGAGCCAGACUCAUCCCACUGCUAAUGAGGUCUGUUUAUAAUUCCUUUAAUAGUUUUCACAAGCUCAUUUGGAUCCAUUCACUUCACCUUAUUGUCAACAUCUACACCCAAAAUCAGUCUAAACCACUGUUUAUAAAAGAUCUAGGUUUAGGUGAAUGUGCCUUUAUCUCUGCGUCUCACUCCACUUUGAUCUCUCACUCAGCGGUUCAUGUUUGAUGUUUAUUUCACAGGAUCUUGUUCGGCCGUCUGCGCAGCAAAGCAGGCAGCAAGUUUCAGGGGAAAGCGUUCGCCACCUCCCGGUCCUCCAUCAUCCUGCGUUUCCUGGCGGGUUGCCAGGCUGAGGAGCUGGGGAUAUUCAUCGACCUGCUGUUGGAGCCCGUCUGCCGUCACAGUGAAGGUAGAUCAUGUUUGCAAUAAUAAAAAAAAACAGACUCAAAAGAGCUUCAGAAACAGGAAUUUGCAAUACAUGCAUUAUUUUGAUAUUUGAGUUUCAACCAUGACAGUAAAAACACCUUUGUGAGUCUUUUAUAACACGAGAAUACUCAGAAAUUAAAGCCACAUGAAGUCUUAUAUUUCCCCAGAAAACACAGACGUUAACUAUGUCUGUUUCCUGUCUUAAGGUUCCUGCCUGGCCGCCGUGGAGAGAGCGAUAACAGAGACGGACGUAUCAGCUGUUCUGCCGCUGGGUCGUCAACACAGCCUGCUGAACAUCAUCAAUGUGGUCAUCCAAAAACUGGGCCACCUCAUCCACAUCUACCUGCCCAAGGUGCUGCAGAUCCUACUGUGUGUCACCGCCUCUGUGUCUACCAUCCUGGACAGACGGGACCAGGUAAUCAGGAUCUGGAUUCACUCUCUGCUUUUAAGUUUCUGUUUAUUUUGCAUGUGUGAAGUUUUGCUAAAGGAUGUGUUAGAGAAGCCAACAGGCUUACCUCUCUUCGAAGACGAAACAGCAAAACAUUUUCAUAUUUUUGUAAUUUAUCAGGGAGUGUAAAUCACUUUAUCAGUGUCAUUCGCAAACAAAAUAGGAAAAAGAAAAUUUACAAGCCAGUGAAAAGUUAUCGAUAAAAAUAAGAAAUGGUUAUAGUAGUAAUCCAGAUCCUUGUGGUAUACCUCAAAGAUCUUGAUUUCUAUUAUCUAGAUCAUAAAUAACCAAAAACCCAGGAUAUCUUUUCCUCGUCAGUUCAGUUUUUUCUUCGUGUCGAGUUUGAAACCCACAGAGAGACUGUUUUCCUCCUAAAAACAUCUCUCUCUCUCUCUCUCUUUCUCUCUCUCUUUUUUCACUUUUGACCUGUUUGCUGUUGUUUGCUGUUGUCUGCAGUUGCGCUCAGGUUGCAUCAGUCCUCUCAAGAACCUGAGGCGACUCGGCAUUCUGAGAAUCCAGGAUUUCUUUGACGGUUUCGACUCCUACAGCUUCAGUCCAGAUGAAUUGGACGCUGUCUUCCAGGCCGUUGUUUGGCCUCAGGUACAUGUUACAAAAGACUCCUUAUAUCUGCUUUAUUUUUUUUUUUUUUUAGCUGUACUUUUGCUCUUAAUUUAGCUGGUUUACACUGGAGUUGAUUUUCUCUCUUGGCAGGUGCGCCGUCUUCCCACAGAGAGCCCUUAUUCUCCCACACCUCUCCUGAAACUCAUCCAUGUGUGGUGCAAAGAUGCUAAGUACGAGUUUCUUCCCUAUCUUCUCUCCAUCAGUUUUAUUCCCUUCACAUCUAUCCAUCAGAAACUCUCCUUUAAUAUAUUUUCUUCCUCUCUGUUUUUUUCAUAUCAGGUAUUUCCCUCUUUUGGCGAAGCAGAGGCCAAACCAGCCGGAGUGUGAUAUCCUCCUGAAUGUCUUUGCCCUCCUCUCAGCCAAGAAUUCCUCCCCUGUCACUAUCACCAUGGUGAUGGACAUCGCCGAGUCCCUAGCAACCACUGAAGACUUUGUUGCCUCAGAGACCGAGGCUGAGCUGAGUGUCAAUGACUGUGUGUUCCCUCGGCCUCAAGAGGGCGCUUUUGUUGCUGCUGGUAACCAGAGUUCAUCUUAAAUUGAAAGAUUGACAGAAAUAGCAGAAGAAGAAGGAGAAAGUGAAGUGUAAAAAUGUGAUCGUGUCUUCGCCAGAUUCUCUGACUCAAGGCUCCAGGCUGCUGCUGCCUCACAUAACCACCCUGCUGCAGUACCUCAGCGGGAUCGUUCGCAAUACUGACCGACUCAAGAAGAAGAAGUUCAGGGCUCAGGUGGCCAAAGAGCUCAACAUCCUCUCCAAGUUGGUGCUUUAAAUGGAUUCGAUUUUAAAGCGUAGUUUCCCCUGUCCCACUCUGCAUUAGAGAACUUUUCUCACCAUAAAUGAACCCAUGAACAUUUUUGUUUUAUUUCACGGAGCCAUUUCAUUCAUGUGGUUUUUUUUAUUUACAGGGUCAGCAGAUUUGUGAGCGACAAGGAGCAGAGCUCGAUGCUCAUCAGCCUGUUGCUGCCGUACCUCCAAAAAAGCCACAAUCCUCAAGUAAGAAGAGCAAUUCAUAUGUUGUCUGAACAAAUCUUGAUUAAGAUCAGUGGGUUUUUGCUAAAACACAGUACAGUAUGCUGCUAUUUCUGGUGGUAUUAUUUGUCGUGUGAGCCAUCAAGUCCUACCCUUACUCCUUGGAGACCUUCCUCCUUAUUGUGCCUCACAAAAGCAGAAAAAAGUGAUGCAACACUGUCAAAAAAAACAUCAACUAAGAUAUUCUGAACAAAAAAAAGAGGAAAACUGUAUUUUUGACAGUUUUAUUUACAUAAAGAACCAUCCGAACUACUUUCCAAAUAUUUAAUAAUGAUUUUUUGUUAAUAAAGGAGCCUCACAGGAUUUUUUGAUUUCCAGUGCCCACCCUAAAGGGGGCUCAGACCCCAGGUUGCAAAGCAUUGGACCAGGCCAUGGCCACAGAUUUUAUUCUAGUGAUCCAGAUUUUGCAGGCUUUUAGGGGAGGAUUUUUGUGUGUAAAAAUAACCAGUCAAGUAAAGUCUGAGUUGUUUGUGACUGUGGCGGAGGAAUGACCCUGACCUUGUGUGUUUAUUCCAGGAGACAGAAAUCGAUAUCCUGGCCACGGUGCAGAAUCUGCUGAGACAGUGUGUGCAGCCCUCCGCCUUCCUGCGGCCGCUCAGUAAACUCUUCUCCAUCAUCCACAACAAGCUGCCCAGACAGGCCCUCACUAAUGUCUUCCAGGUACAGCAGUGGAUCGAAGAGUUAUUUUAGGAGUAUAAUGCAAAUGUCAAGUUACUAAUACAGCUCUUGGCACAGAUUCUCAGCCAUCAGAGAUUGACUGAUUCGUUUUUUCUCUUCCUUUAGACUCUGUCAGAUCUGGAACCCUCCCUCAUGUACAUCACCGAUUUAGCAACAAAGGUUUGCUCAUUUCUUAUAUUUCUUACUUGACUUCUAGACGUUCCUGUAUUAUUCUUCCACUUGAUUCACUGAGUUACUACCACUUCAAUAACUCUCACUAUUCUCUUCUCGCCCUCUCCAGCUGAAUGCGUACGACAGCAGACACUUGGACGAGAUCUACUUUGACUUGCGCCUCACCGCUUUCCAAGAAGCCACCAGAAAAGUCCGAGAAAUGACCACUCUGGACCUGGACUACAUUAACACCAUCAUACACAACUGCUUCCACACCUAUGAGGUGAUCAGAUAUGUGACACAGAGAUGAAAAGCAGCUCCUGUUGAAGUACCGAAGCUGACUUUGUUCAUUUCUCUGCAGAUUGGAGACAUGUCGCUCGCAGACAACGCCACCUUGUGUAUGUCUGCAGUGAUCACCCAGCUGGCGGUGGUCGGGCCUGGAGAGCAGAUCUACAAAGAUGUCGUGCAGCACACAAUCCUGGAUGCUGUCCACAAGGGGCUACACAGCAAGACAGAUGUAAGAACAUUUUUCUCUCUUCAUGUGAAAUUUUCAGUCAUUCAGUUAAAUUUUUAACUUUUUUUGUCCUUCCUGACUCCAUCAGAGUGUGCAGCAUGAGUACACCACGGUGCUCGCUUGCCUUGUUAAGACUUUCCCCUCCAAGAAAGAGUUCAGAGACUUGGUUCAGCUCACCAACUACAACGAUCCGGAGUCCGACUUCUUUGAGCACAUGAAACACAUCCAGGUACGAGAGAUCAAACGCAGUAACUCACUCCAGCUUCUUCUCUGUCCGGUUUAAUCUUCCGUCCCUUCAAAGCCGUCUUUGAGCGCGUCUCUUUUCCUCUGUUUAGAUUCACCGCCGAGGCCGUGCCCUGCGGAGACUGGCCAAGCAGCUUACCGAGGGCCAGGUCGUAAUGACGCCACGUUCGCUCCAGAAUUACAUCAUGCCGUACGCCACGACUGCCCUGAUGGAUGAGAAGAUGCUCAAGGUGACUCAUGCGCUCAGAAAAAAAUCAAAACAAAGGAGGAGUUUCAUUCAACAUUUAAUAAUAAAGGACAUCUUUUUAUCUUUUCGAUGCUGCAGCACGAGAGUAUGAUAUCAGCGUCGGUGGAGGUGGUGAGCGCAGUGUGUCGCAGGCUCACCUGGUCCAAAUACCUCUACUACCUGAAACACUUCAUCCACAUCCUGCAGACAGCGCAGGCUGAGCAGAAACUAGCUGUGAGGUGAGGUCACCCUGUAACCCUGUUUUAACCAUCACACUGAGCUUUAAAGGGAUAUUCCAACAUAAAGUCAAACACACCGUAACACCAAGUUAGACACCCCCUCGAGAGAUGAAUGUUGCCGACCGCUUGUUUCUCUAGUUAUACAACGUUUAUUAACAACCACACGAUAGCAAUACACAGUGGUCUACGUCUCCGCGAGCAAACCUCAACCAAAACACCACUCUAUAGCCACAAAUAAUGCUCAGAACAGCACCUAACUUCAUCAACAGUACAUAUAGGGUCCCAGCCAUAGUACUAGCCACCAAACAUCUUUUUAACUUUGCCUGAUUUCUUUAGCAAAGAGAGUAAACUCAACUCACCCACUGUCUUCCAGCAGCCGCUUGUUUGUGGGGGAACCCUGACGAGUUGAUCACCGAGUGCAGCGGAGUUUCGCAGCUCAAGGAAGAACAUUUAUGAUUAUUACUUCAUGGAAAUGCAAUCAGACCGAGACACUAAGGCAGAAGAACUGUCGCGUCUGCAGAGCAAAAUGAUUAUUAUGAUGAUUAUUACUUAAAGGAAAUGAUCCGCUGCACUUGGUGAUCGACUCGUCCGACCAUAACUUUAAUUUUACGCGGGAAUAUCCCUUUAAUUGCGUCUGAUUCAGUUGUUUUGAGAGCUCUGUCUGCACAUACAGAUUUAUUCCUCUAAUCUUCCUCUUUCUGUGUUUCUCUGACUCCAGUUUGCUGGUCACAGUUCUGGAGGCUUUUCAUUUUGACCAUGAAACCCUGAGCAGAGAGAUGGAAGCGGCCAAAGCCAGAGAGGGUGAGGAGACACAAACUUCACAAACUUUGAAAAAGAAAAAAUCUUCAGAAAAACUUUAAGGUCAUACUCCAUGUGAUAAAUAAUCAUAAUAUCCUUUUGUCCAGCUGGGAGUGUUGCUGAUAAUGCAGAUGACGAGGACCAAACUGCAGCUGACGAAUUAGACGCAAGCGAUGAUGAAGAGGCGAUGGAGGUGGGAAGUGAGGCGGCUCCGUCUGUCGUUACAAUGGAAACAGAUGCCACGAAUGAAGAGAAGGAAGUGGUCGCUAAGGAUGCGACCCCCACUGGAACCAAAGGGAAGUCAGAAGCCCCUAGACUCACCACAGCAGCCAGCGGACUUCCACAGAGCAAAGAGGAGCUGGAGUCUCUGAUCAGCGCCAUCCACAUGACCGUGAAUAACAGCGUGCUGCCUCGCCUGCAGAAGUGUCUCAAUGCGAAGGUGAAAUGAUCACAGAUGAAUGCGGUCUUGAUUUGUCUUUGAAGCGUUGUAACAGCUGUCGUGUUUCUGCAUUUUUAGGUUAAACGUGACGAUGAGCACAAGGCCGUCAAGUCCAAGGAUGUAAAGGAGGAGGAGGUCGGGAGGAUACCGAUCGCCUUCGCCAUGGUCAAACUGAUGCAGACUCUACCUCCGCACAUCAUGGAAGCCAACCUACCUGGGUAUGCCAGCUCUGUGCAUGCAUGCGCGGGCGAAAAGCGCCGUAACUCUCUCGAUCGAAUGACAACAUUUAAUUGAUAUAUGUGUGUUCAUCCAGGAUCCUGAUCAAAGUGUGUGUGGUGCUGAGAAACCGUUUCCAGGAGGUCCGUGAUGUAGCGAGGGGGACUCUGGUGAAGAUCCUCGAGACUUUGGGCUGCAGAUACCUGCAGUACCUGCUCAAAGAGAUGCAAGGGGUCUUGGUUAAAGGUUACCAGGUAGAUGCACAUCCAUUUAAGCUUUUAAACAUGUAGAGAAAUAAAGUAAAAGGCAUGUAACACUUUAAUAUGUUCGCUCAUUACAGAAUCAAGUCUAUAAAUCUUUAAAUUUAAAAAUCUUAAUGUCCUCUUUUUCCUCUCUCUGUUUUAUCCUCCGUUCAGGUCCAUGUGCUCACUUUCACUGUGUACCAGUUACUCUCAGUCCUCAAGCCAACCCUGAAGAGUGGAGACCUGGACCCGUGCAUGAACAUGCUCAUCGACGUAAGAACAUCACUCUCACGAGACAGAAACAACAUCUGAACAAUAAUGUGUUUCUAAUUCUUUACUCCUCGUCGUUCAGAUAUUCAACAAUGAGCUGUUCGGGGCUGUAGCUGAGGAGAAGGAGGUGAAGGGGAUCGUCUCCAAGCUGAUGGAGGCCCGACACAGCAAGAGCAUGGACUCUUACGAGCUGCUGGCUCAGUUCUGCAGCAAGGAGAGCAUCACCAAGUUCAUGCUGCCUCUGAAGGAGGUGAGCGCGCACUGGAUGGACUGGUUUUAUUGUUUUUUUUAACGGACUGUAAAGCACUUUGUGUUACAUCCUUUGUAUGAAAAGCGCUUUAUAAAAAAACUUUGAUUUCAUGGAUUUGAUUUGGAUGCAUGUCUUUUGGAUCGUAUGAUUUUCUUUUACUAGGUUCAUCCUCGCCUUUUUCUUUUUAGAUCCUGGAGACCACAUCCAGUCUUAAAGUGUGUAACCGGGUCACCGCAGUGUUACGGCGUCUGGUCUUGGGUCUCCUUGUCAACGAUGGCAUGACUUCCCAGGAUAUCCUGCUGCUAAGCCAUGGCCUGGUCAGCGAGAGUCUGCCCCUGCUCACCAAGAGAGACAGGUACAAACACGCAUUAGUUUGCUGAAAUCACUUUAAAAUGUUUCCCUGAUGCUGAUUUCUAAUGACCUUGUGUUUGUGUUUUAUAGAGAGAAAGCCUCAGCAAAGCCUCCACCUGACCCCAGGCUGCCUCCUCCGAGCUGCCUGCUCCUUCCUCCAACUCCAAAGAGAGGGGGUCACAAAGCUCCAGUCAGCAGCCGCACCAACAUGCACAUCCUGGUUGAUGCUGGUCUUAAGGUGCGUGCUGAAACCUCCCAUCAGCCAGGAUUUAAGAAUAUUUAACAAUCACUACAUGGAAAAUUCUGAACUGCAACUUUUUUUUUGUUUUGAUUUAGUUUUGCGCGUCCUGAUCAGGAAGCAUCAUCUUCUUUGUCUUGACUGUUUCCCUUUUCUCAGCUGCUCCAUCUCAGUCUGAAGAAAUCCAAAGUGACGUCCUCAGAGGCCUCGGCUCUUGAGAUGCUGGACCCCUUUGUGCUGCUUCUUCUCGACUGCCUCAACUCCAUGCAUGUGAAGGUACGCGGAUCUCUUUCAACACCACAAUUUGGAGCGUUCUUAGGAUUCAUUCUUGUCUCUUUCUUAAAAACUGGACUGGUCUCUGCUCCUUCCCUCAGGUGAUCACGGAGGCUCUGGUGGCGUUCACUUUGCUGUUGAAGUUCCCUCUGCCAGCCGUGGAGCAGAGCGCCGACCAGCUAACCAAGCAGCUUUUUGUCCUGUUGAAGGAUUACUCAAAGGCCGGGGCUGCCCGGGGGGAAAACUACCACCUGGUCCAGAACUGUUUCAAGGUACCAAAUACAUUUCUGUCUGUAUUGUUUUAAUUAAUUCAAGUUGUUUUAAUCAAACAACAAGGAGGCUGAAGAUUGCAAGUGAUCACAGACAACAGCUCGAUGCUACUCAGUAGCAGCGCACGCCCCCAGUAAAAACUGUUGUUCAAGACUUCGCGCAACAUGCUUACUCGUGCUUCCGACCUACUCGGUUACUGUAAUAAUCGUUCUAGUCCAGUGGUUCUCAACUAGUCUCAUUCUGGGACCCACUUUUAUAGAAUUUAAACCAAGCAAAUUUAUUUAAAAAAAAAACCUUUUAAAAGACUCUAAUCUUUAACAUAAAUCCACUUGUCUAAUUGAGUAAAGUGCAUUUCAGAGCACAUGAAGGGGACAACAUGAGGACGACAACUACUGAAAAUAUCAAAUAUCUUAAAAAUAUCGCAUUAAAUAUUUACUUUUUUGACUAGCUGUUCGUGACUCAUCCAGAAUGUGUCCGCAACCCACUUUUGGGAUGGGGCCCACCAGUUGAGAACCACUGUUCUAGUCUACAGGUCAUCCAAAAGAGGGACUGUACCCGAAAAUCGGGGACGUCUGGUCACCGUACUGUAAGCUGGAGACAAGGGGUAGUUUUUUAAAGAAACCUAUUAUUUCUUAAAGACCCACUCCAAUGAAAAUCAUGUUUUUCUUGUUGUUCAUGUGGCAUUUUUUCUGAUGCUAAAGGACAUAUCAUGAGAAAAAAAUAAGUGCGAAAUUGCAUUUCUGAGUAUUUCUACAUUCAAAUCGCUGUGAAUCUCUGGCAGACCCAAACGGCAGGUUCAAAAUAGUCAGAUUUCCUACAUAGCAAAUCCAAGCUCCGCCCCCAGAGAAAUAGAGAGGACGAUCGCGGAACAAGCGUGAGAGUUAGCAGAUUGCAAUGCUAGUAAGAAAGCUAAUUAUAAAAUUACCUUUCAUCAUGUCCCUAAAGACAUGUUACCUGCUCCUAUGUUACCUGCCACUUCUGCUGCACAAGCAAUGUUAGGCUACAAGCUAACAUGAAAAGGAGUGUGUGAAGCAGCGCUGUCUCCGCUCACGACUCAGAGGUGAAUUGCUAAUGAGCUACUGAAGCUCUGCAGAAGAAAAGUCCUUAAAAAUGACACAGGUAACACGAUUUUGGCGUGAUAACACUUUAAGUAGAAGAAAAAAAAAUACAAUUGGAGUGGGACGUUAAAGAAAUCGAAUGUUUAAGCCGUAAAAGCUCUGAAAAUAUAUGAUGUUUCAUACCAUCCGAGUUAAUAACAAAGUCAGAUAAUUCGCAUUGAUUCAGAAUGCCAAUCUGUCUUUUGUCUCUCAGGCCAUCACCAUACUCGUGAAGAACGUCAAAAGCAACAAAAUCUCAGAGACGCAACUUCAAGUGCUGCUGGGAUAUGCCGAGGAGGACAUCUACGACCAGUCCCGCCAGGCCACCGCCUUUGGCCUGUUGAAAGUAACCAAUCGUACAUCUAUCAGAGUGUUUAUGCUGCUUAACAAGAAAGAAAAGAAAUCACAAAUCCUGUCUGCUUCAUGAGCCGUGUUACAAUUCUGCAAGUGUCUGUCCCCUCCAGGCGAUUCUGUCAAGGAAACUCAUCGUUCCUGAGAUGGAGGAGGUGUUAAAGAAAGUUGCAAAGCUGUCUGUCACCGGCAGCAACGGCAUGAUCCGAAUCCACUGUCGACAGGUGCUCCAUGCUUCAAAGACGAGCCACAGUUUGCUCUCCUCUGAACGCUCACUGACUCAGAAAUGUUUGAAAUAUCUUCUCUUGGAUGUUUUUUUUCAGAUCUAUUUAAAAUAUCUGCUGGACUACCCACUGGGAAAGAAGCUAAAGGGGCACCUCGACUUCGUGGUGGCCCAGCUGCAGUACGAACACGAUACAGGCAGGGAGUCUGUGCUGGAGAUGCUGGCCUACAUCUUCCAGACGUUCCCUCAGGUCAGGGGAAUUUCCUCUCGAGCCCUUUCUGCUCAAGAAGUUUGCAAGAAAGUAGAAAGUUUGCACAUUUCAGCAUCAGAAAAAAAAAUGAUUGUGUUUGUUUUUUUUCUCUGUUUAGAAGUUACUGUUGCAGCACAGCGCCUUGUUCUUCGCCCCGUUGGCCCUGGUUGUGGUCAACGAUGAUUCCGCUCGCUGUAAGAAAAUGGCGGCUAUGGCCAUCAAAGCCCUGCUGACACAGCUGGACCUGAACCACCAGAACACCCUGUAUUCCCUCGUCAACACCUGGCUGAACGCAGAAAAGGUACACGCACUAUCAUGAUACAUUCUGAUCUUGACUUGUUGUGUUUCGUAUUCUUCAUGUGCGAUUAUGACGAUUAUACCUGAUCCUAAUUUCUCAGACCAGCAUGCGCCGUCUCGGGGCUCAGAUUUGCGGUCUGUUCGUGGAGGUGGAGGAGGAGAAGUUUGCCGGUCGCCUCGAGGAGCUGCUGCCUCUGCUGGAGAAAGAGAUAAACCCCGACAACUUUGAGGAUGUGAGGCGACGUCUGAUCCGUCUUUGUGAGCAUUUUUGAAAUCAGAGGAGGAGAAAAAUGUCACAAAUCUGCUUGAACUUCUUUUUCAGAUCGAGGAGGAGAAGGAGGAGAGAGGAGCAGACAGGCUUUUGUUCAGUUUCCUGACCCUCAUAUCGAAGCUGAACAAGCACUGCGGGCUGCUGGAGAUGACGGAGCCGAAAGACACAUUAGAUCGUAUCUGGGGUGAAGGACGCACACAUACACACCUCUUUAUUUGAGAUAAAAACACACACACACACUCAUCACAAACUCACUUUAUUCUUCUUCUACAUUCAGGUCACAUUGAAGCCCAUCUGCGGUACCCUCACUGCUGGGUGUGGCUGACUGCCUCACAGCUCUUCGGUCAGCUGUUUGCAGCCCAUCAGGCCGAGCAGCUGGUCACUGCUUGGGGAGGAGGAGGAGGAGGAGGAGGAGGAGAUGCUUCAGCUCAGCCGGCUGCUUCAGCCUUCAUCACCAGCGGCCUGGACAAGAGGGUAAGUCCUGACAGCUCUUUUCUUUUGUCCUGUAGCUUACGCAUCUCGUUUUUUAUUGUUUCUAAAAAGUGUUUCCUUUUUCUUUCCUGACCUUCAGAUGAGAGAGCUGGCGUUAUCUUUCUGCCAUCAGCUUCAGUCGAAGUUCCUGGACACGGCGUCAGGAGAACAGGUUUGUCAAAUCCACCGAAACUUAUCGACGCAAAUUUAAAAGUGAAGCAAGUUUCAAAUUUCUCACGAUUAACACGCAUCUUCCUUCAUCCACAGGUCAUCAAGAACUUGCUGUUUGUCGGGAAAGUGAUCUAUCUUGUUUCUCCUGAGUCUGACGUCCAACCCCCUGAGGAGGAAAUGAAAGAAGAAGAGGAGGAGGAGGAAGUGCAGAAAGAGAACGGCAACGAAGAGGACGGUGAUGAGGAGGAAAUGGAGGACAAAGAAAAGAAAGAAGAGGAGGAAGACAAGGAGGAUGAUAAAGACGAUAAGCCUCCCUCACUGCUGUGGUUGAUAAAGAAGAUGUCGCUCAUGGCCAAGAGAGAGGCGGCAUACACGCCCAAAAUUCCUCUCAAGGUAGAAACCCGUUUAUUUCUCUCUUUUGAAUCAGUGCAAUGUUUCUUGACAGCUGAGUGACGUGACGUUUUUGUCUCCACGCAGAGAACAUGUGUGUUUAAGUUCCUGGGAGCGAUAUCCAUGGACUUGGGGAAGGAGCGUCUCGGACCGUAUCUGACCACAAUCAUCACUCCUCUGUACAGGGAGCUCGACAGCACCUAUGCAGACCAAGGUAUGCCUCUAAGAAAGCCUGAAAGUAAUAAACCGUGAUGUAAAAACCUGCAUUGAUCCUUCCUGUUCGUUUGUGCAGAUCCAACACUGAAGAACUUGGCGCAGGAGCUGAUCGAGCUUCUGAAGAAGCAAGUGGGGUUGGAGAAAUUCUCUCUCGCUUUCUCCGCCGUCCAGAAGGAGUUUUCGAUGAGGAGGGCGGCGCGCAAACGACACAGAGCCAUGCAGGUAUGAUGAUGAUGAUGAUGACCUCACACAGCCUCACAGAGAAACUUCAUCCGUUAACAUGAACUAAAAUGAUGGUUUUCUUUCUGUCUUCAGGCGGUGGCUAAUCCAGACAUCGCAGCUAAGAAGAAACUCAAGAAGCACAAGAACAAAAUCGAAGCCAAGAAGAGGAAGAUCGAGUUCCUCCGGCCAGGAUAUAAAGCCAAGAGGCAGCGGAGUAACGCGCUCAAAGACCUGGCCAUGGUGAAGUGAGGCAGAGGACACAAGAUCCUGGAUUACACACAUGUGGACUCACCCCACCCAAUCCUUUACAGUUUUAUCUCGUCGCUGAUCAGAGCAAACACCAGAAAGACGGUUUGGUUUUCAAAGGUAUCCAACGUUUGAGUGUGUGAUAUGAACGGGAAACGAGGCAUCAUGUAACAGCGAUUAGACGGCAGGUAGUCUCAGUUCAGAUUAAAGCUGAACUGUAUUCUCCUGCUCUUCAUAUUUAUACCCUGUGCAGUUGAAUGUACAUUUUUUUGUAUUAAAAUCAUUUCCAGAAGCGU